AUGCUCGACCCCGUCUUUCUCGUCACUUCCAUUCUCAUCGUCGUAGCGACCCUCCUACUCCUCUUCUUCUGGAACCGCCUCGUCGGCUUCCUCCUCAGCCUCGUCCUCCGCGUCGCCUACUGGAACGAGGGCGGCGCCAGUAUAUGGAUCGAACUAGGCUCUUUGCACCUGUCCUUGCGCGCGGGCAGGCUGCUCUUCAAGGACGUGCGCUACCACUCGAGCAGCCAGACGAUCAAGAUCGUCAAGGGGCAGAUCAGCUGGCGCUACUGGAUCCGCGCCCCCACGCUCGCCGAAGACCUGCACGCCCACGCGGGCGGCGAAGCCGCCGACGGUAUGUCCCCCUGCCGCAUACACGCGUCCGUCGAGGGGCUCGAGUGGUUCAUCUACAACCGCAGCGCGGCGUACGACGCCAUCGUGGAGCAGAUCGCGAAGGAGCCGCGGCCGCGCCGCUCGCGCAGUCACAGCGCGGGCUCGCAGGGCAGGCCGUUCCACCCGUCCUUCGCCGGCACCGAAACGGACCCGCUGUACCCGCCGCUCGCGCGCACGCAGACGAUCCCGCUCAAGCUCAAGACCCCGCGGUUCGUGCGCCGCGCGCUCGCACGCCUCCGCAGGCAGCUGCCGAACCUCGACCCCAAGUCGCUCCUGCCCGUCAGCUUCGAGGGCACCAAGGGUGCGAUCCUCUGCGGGAACGCGUCGACCCCGUCUGUCCUCGUGGCCGAGUUCCAGCGCGCCGAGGGCAUCUUUGGUAUCGUGCCCGCGAGGUCGGAGCACGAUUUGUACAAGCAGAUUCUGAACAUCAGGGCCGAGAAGGCGUCCAUCAGGUUUGCGGAGAACGAUAGGUAUAAGAGCCCGAUGGUCGCGACGGGCGCGAGCCUGCGCGACGAGAUCGCCAAGACGCAGCCGCUCCCCCAUCGCCUCUCCGAGCGUCUGUCCUUCUCCGCGUUUGCGAAGCUGUGGCGCCACGCGAAGCUCAAGGCUUUCGUAUACGCGACCGUCGACGCGCCCAAGUCGCGGGGCGCCGGGACCGCCAUCAACGCGGGGAGCUUCCGCACGCGGCGGAAGCUCGCGGCGCCCAAGGCGAGCGACGCCGGCGACGUGUCGGCACACGCGGACGGGGACGUGCAGUACGCCAUCCAGCGCCAGAUCUGCGAGGCGCCGGUGCUCGAGCUGUCGUACUACGCCGACGCGGUGGGCUUGGUGCCGGCGGACGGCGGCGGGCGCGCGGCGGCGCCUGAGGGCUGCGACGUCGGCAACGGCGGUACGCCGCCUGAGUGGGGGCUCGACCUCGUCGUGAACGGUGGGUUCCUGCGGUACGGGCCGUGGGCGGAUCGGCAGCGGGCGGAGCUGCAGCGGGCGUUCUUUCCGGCGGCGUAUCAGGACGCGAAGCAGGCAGUUUUUUUGAAGGCCGGGGAGAAUAGGGUGUGGACGACGUUGCGGGUGUUCGUCGAGCUGCGCGGCGGGACGACGCUGUACAUCCCGUUCCGGGAGGCGUCCAAGAACUGGCAAUGGGACGGUAAGGUCAAGUGCGCGAGGCCGAAGGAGCGCGAGGCCGCGUACAUCAACGUCAAGGCAGGGGACGACUCGACGAUCAGCUAUUUGAUGCCGAUGGUCGCGGGGCCCGAGGGGUACGACCCGCUGCUGGAGGUCCACCUGGACACGGUGGUCGUCUCGACCAGCCUGAACGAUAUCCGGCUGUUGCGGGCGGAGUCGUGCCGCGUGCAGGGGAACAUGCAUUCUCCGCUCAAGUGGAAUGCGGAUCGGCAGUGGAGGUUCGGGGUGUCGCUGCGCCAGCCUGUGCUGUACCUGCUCCGGGACCACAUCAACAUGCUGACGGACCUGAGCAAGGAUUGGACGUCGGGCCCUCCGAGCAACUAUUUUACUUGGGUCCCGAUGCGGUACGCCGUGGACCUUGACCUGCGGAACUACGAGAUCAACACGUACGUCAACGAUCAGAACAUCAUCGACAAGCCGCUCAUCAGGGACGAGAACGCGCUGCUGACCCUCCGCGGGUCUGUGCUGCGGAACGAGAACCUCAUACCCGCGGACAGGUUCCGCCCGCCGUUCACGACGAUCGCGUUCACGAUCGACGCGCCGGACGUCGACGUCAGCCUCACGCUGCCGCGCUGGAACACGCACAGGGUGCACGCGACGGAGCCCAUCACGAAGCUGGGCCGCAUCGGCCUGCUGCGCGUCGGGGCGUCGUACCACUACUUCGCGGACGUGCGGCCGGACAACGUCGAGCAGCUGAGGCUGGACUUUACCGCGAAGGACGUCGUGUUCAAGUGCUUGGGGUGGUCGAUACGCCAUUUUAUGAUCCUGAGGGACAACUACUUUGGGUCGUUCACGCACUUUUCGACGUUGAACGAGUAUUUGGAGAAGCGGCGGUCGGGGAUCGCGGUUGGGGAUCCCAUCGACUUGAAGUACCGUCCGGGCAAGUCGAAUAUGCUGCAGGUGGAGCUGCAGCUCAGCGUCGACAACUUCCUCAUCGUUCUGCCCGCCGGUAUCCCGGGCUACGAGACGUACAACCCCCUGCCCGGCCAGGACCCGAGAGACGUUUGCCUCGGCGCCUGCGCGAUGGUCUCCGUGCCGGACCUCCAGCUGCAGCUCAGGACGCACGAUUAUUACAUGGAGAUGGCGUUGAACGUCGGUACGGUGUUCGGGAGCGUUCGCACGGACUGUACGGAGCGGAGGUUGUUUGAGCAGCCAUGGGCUCGUCUCGCCAAGGAGGCGUUCAUCGUCGACGGGCUCGACAUCGUCGCCAAUAGGCUGUUUGGGCCUCAGCCGCGCACGUCGACGUAUGUGUGUGUCUGGGAGAUCAACAUCGGGGAUAUACGGGGCAUGCUCUCCGUGCAGGAGGUUAAGAUCCUGCAGGCUGUCUUUGACGCUUUCGGGAUCAACUACAGCGACGUGAUCAACUCCCCUGCCGCCGAGUAUGCCGUGCCCGUGGACCCCGAUGUCACGUUCUUGAAGCUGACGCUAGAGAGCGUGGACCUCGUCGUCAGCACUGGCGACGCCGCUGUCGAGGCGAGCGUCCCGAAGGGGCUCUGCCUGGAGCGGAACGACCUCGCGGGGAACCAUUACCGGAAGGUCACGAGCGUGCGCGUGCCCGAGGCGCAGGUGCGGUGCUUGCACAGGUACGUCCCGCGAGAGCGGUGGAUGGAGGUCGCGGCGGUGUCGCUGGACGCGAGCGCGGACGUUUAUUCGUGUCCGCCGGGGUGGCGGGAGUCGGCGCAGGCGCAGCGGGCGUUUGUGGCGGAGCAGGACGUGUUGACGGGACGCACCGAGUUGUUGUAUCCUAUCCAGGCAAGGCAAGGCCGGCGGCCGCGUCACGCAGGCCACAGCGUCUACACGGGCGCGCUGCAGCUGCCUCGUCCGAAGCGGGUUGCGAGGCCGGAUGGCUACUCGAAGGGCAAGCCGCCACUGCCGGAUUCUGCGAGCCAGCACCCGUCGGAUCUCACGAAGCCGACGCCGUUCUCGCAUCGGCAGUUCACGUCGGAUUCGGAGGGCGAGGACACGUACACGGAGACGGAUCGGGAUCUGCGCCUUGCGCACACGCGCCCGUCCUCGCUCAUGCCCACGGUGCAUACGGAUGACGAGAGCAUGUCCGGUGCCGACGAAUCGGACGAUGCGGAUUUGACCAUGGACAGUCGGUCAGAGAGCGACGAGUCGGACGAUUGCGGUACGUUUUCGGCGUCGAUGCUUUUCGCGAAUAGGCUCACCGAUGCGCCUGAAGACGAAGAGGGGGCGAGAAAUUCUGAACUGAGGAAGUAUGUGAGGUUGACGCGGCAUUAUGCUCUUCAGGCCAGGGGACCCUCGGCCUGGGCUGAUUCUCCUUUUACGCUGAUCAAGGUAAGUCGGCGAAUGGAACGGAUCGUGCCAGAGCUUAUUCCUGAAGAGACCAGUACGGAGCGCUUCGUUCAAUGGCAGGCUGACACGGAUACCCCCGAAAAGUGCGACACGACUAUCGUUCGACUGGUAUCUCGCUCGUUGGACGUAUGGCUUACGCCCUUGGUUCCUGGGGUGGCGCUGCAAUUUUUGGAGGAAAAUUCACGACACUUCAAGAGCCCCGAACUCCGCAUGGACUCGAUAAUGGCGGACCAUAUACGCGCGCUCGCUUCCGGUCCAACGUCAGUGCUGAGGACGCAAGAGAAAACGGUCAUCGACGCGGAGCUAUCCAGGACCCACAUACGCGUUCUGCAGGUGACGCCCGUGUUCGAAGCGGAGGUCGAUAUCGCGCGAACUGUCGACGAUGUUCGUCCGCCAAUCAGCCAGGAGUUGACUGUCGUAGAUGUAACGGUCGCUCGAUGGACGCUGCAAGGUCAGAAAAUCCAAAACGACAAGCGGUCGGAAACUUCCAUGAAAACAGCCAUUGGAUACAUUAGUAUGACUCUCGGCGUUGGCGACCAAACGACCCUCAGAAGAGGUAUACUCGAACAGAUGCUCCGCCCCGUCUGCAGCCUAUCUUUGACUAACCUGGAAGCUAUCUACACACCGAAAAGUGCUGGUUGUUCGUGGCGUGACCUUGUGUCGACCAUGGAGCACACCGGUCCUCAACGUAUUCUGAGAAGUCUCUUGCCUUAUCGAGGGCCCGUAUUUGAAGUUCUGGAGACACACAAGCGACUGAAGGGUCUGCACCUACAUGAGGCUCAGCUACGUGUUUAUCAAGUACUCAAGUGGUCCAGCGAUCGCUCAGUCGUUGACCCCUUGUCAACGAUCCAGCCUCUGUACCUCAUUCAAUCUGGUCUCCCACACGAACUUCGGGUAGAGCCAACGUUCAAGGUUCUCUUUUACUUGCGAAACGCCCUUAGAUUUUUGGAGCUUGUCGAGCGUGAGGCGAUCCGCGAUCUGCGCCCCGACCAUCACGUCCCCGUGGCUUUGAGCGAAGUGGUCGAGCUUCUGCACGGCCAGCUGACGAGUCUGGCCGCCGAUGCAGAUGGCGACGGAUCAGGAAUCUCUUCUCUGAAAAUGUUCGUCAGGUUGUUCCCGACAGAGGUGACCCGUGACACUCCUCCGGCUAGCAGUCUAACGCUUGAGGUCGUUCAUGUGGCGUUCCAGUCCAUCAAAUUCUCCCUUCUAGAUCCUUCUCAGGCGCCCCCUUGCGAUGCGACAAUCGGUCCAUUGGAGUUCGUCGCCAGCUUGCGCAAGGCUGCACUUUUGCCGCCAAGUCCACACAAACCUACUCGAGACCCAGCUCCAAGUCGAGAUAAACCGCGAGUCAAAUUGAACCACCUGAUGGCUUCGUUGACGCUGGGCAACGUUGAAGUGUUCGUUCUUCCCCAUAUUCUGCACUUCGCCCAGCGUAUGAUCCGCAUACGGAAAUACAUCGACGACCACGGUUUGUAUAAAAAGUCUCAGGUAGCGCCGACGCCGAGUUCCAAACCUGCGCGCAAUUGUCAAGACGUUGUGUAUAGUGAUAUAUCCGUAUCUUUCAAGCGCUUCAGACUACAGGUCGCAGCGGAGAACCUCAUCGUUGUCCUCGGGUCGUCAGGCCUGACCAUCUUUUCCUCUGCCUAUCUUCGCAAGGCCCAAGGGCGCUGGGAUAUCUCGGCGAACUCAUCUCUUUUCCUGGAUUCUGCUUCCAUCAAAGCGCGAUCUUCGCCUGAGGGGCAAAAUCCGACUGCUCGGGAUGCUCUAGCCUCUGCUGUAGUGAAUGGGGUAAAGGUGAAUGCCGUGGGCCGUCAAGAGCCUUUUUUGAGCUCGACGAUACGGGCAACCCUCUCGGUGCACGAUGUUCGUUUAUCAGUGCCUCGAAGCGCCAUCCGUUUGAUCCGAUUUGUUGAGGAGUGGCGAGCGGACUACUUGCCCGGGAUCGAAUCCAUGGUCCAUGCAUUAUUGUUGGAGGCGCGGAAGAAGCCCAAGGCUGCACGUACUACACGCACCACUCCCAGAAAGCUCCCUACGAUUCAAUUUCAGGCUUCCCUUGCCACAUUGGGCGUUUCGUUGCACAUCAUGCCUGGGACUUGGCUAUCUUGGGAGAUCUUCAAUAUCGUGACGUACCUCCGGUUCACUCUCACCAGCACUCGCAAAUUGUCCCGCUUUUUCGGCUUGCGAUUGGCAUCUCAGCGCAUCAGCAUAUCUUCCGUACAGAGUGCGGAGACCGAGCCACCUACCGAGCGUGUCAAACUAGACCUUCCUUGGUUAGCAGUCACAGGCCAGUUUGAAGAAGACGGUGUUCACGCAGUGGCGUCUGUGGGACUAUUCCACGUAACGGUGAAGCCUUCAUAUUGGGACACCCUCCUAUCCGUGCAGCAGAAGUUUGGACAGGAUUUCAACGAUCUAAUUUUGAUCAUCGGAGAUGCGCGCCGCAAGCGACCCACGUCGCCGUUGGCGAAGGACUCGCAGCCAUCCGUGUCGAUGAUUCAUACGAUUUCUCUCAAGAUGAAAGGGUUCCGUCUGGGCCUGGAAGGGCAUUCUUCUACAGCUUUUCUUGAGUGCCAGGACAUAAGCGGGGGCAUGAGUGGCGAUGAUGGAAGACUGUGGCACUUCACUGUGACCGGUUUGGCCCUAUCGUUGGCGUCUCGCCUGGACAAUUAUGCCGAGCAUUCAACUUUCACCAGAACCCAUCGCUCAGCAUUCGUGAUCAUUGAUUUCAAGGUUCGAGUGGGCCACAUGCAAGGCAAUGAAAAGGCUUUCGAAAUUGUAGUUUCGAAGAUUCAUGCCGUUAUGCAACCCAGUUCCAUUGGCGAGAUCGGUGAUUUCAUGGAUCACCUACAGGCCGAAGUGCUCCUUAGACAGGAAGAGCGUGCCCGUGAGCUAGCUGACUUCAAGGAGAAAACGAGAAGUAUCAUGAGGACCUUUGAGGUCAAGGCGGAGACAAGCUCAGAUGGUCCCUCAUCUUGGAUCUCGGAUUAUGCCAUGACGCUGAUUGUUAAGAACAUCGGGGCAGCAUUUCCUCUUGCACUCGAGCAGGGACUCGAAUUGCCGCAACGGCGCACAACUGAUCAUGCUGCGGUCCGCGCGUUCUUGUUUUCCAUCAGAUCUUUAGCCUUUGGGGCCGAACGAAGUGGCAAGGGUCAAGCUACAAUGAAUGGCUUUUCCUUCCAAUUCGUCGACCAGUUCCGGCAAUCGAUUCCUGGGGAUUUCUCUGGGCAGAGCCAUGAAACCCGCAAUCGCCUGAUCUAUCCUGAGAUGACUGCACAUAUACGCACCGAACGCUCCAUGAAUUCACGUCGCAUCCGCAUUGGGGCUAAUGUUAGCGGCUUCAUCCUCGACCUGGAUUCAACCAUUUCCGAUAACAUCUUCUCGCUCGUUGAUGUCUACCGUCAGGGAAAGGAGCGCAUCGAAAGGCUAGCGUCUAAUAUUCCUCGCACAACAACCACUCAAGCGGUUUCCCAAAAAACGGUAUCGGGCGCAUCCCAACAGUACAAAAGUCUUCCCACAUCCAAUGUGUUGCUUUCAUUGGUCUUUCUCAGCGGUAAAGUUCGCAUGUACAGUGGAUCCAACGGCAAGGCUUCAAGAUCAAGAUCCUUCCAUGAUCACAACGGUGGCCGGCUCCAGGAUUUUGGUGCUGACAUGUUCAAUCUCCCGAUUGUCACGGUGUGGGGAGAAUAUCGUGCUACGCCAGCGUUACAAAAACUGUCUGGUGCCAAAGAGGCCGAUCCGUCAUCUCUAAUGAUCAAGACUACCAUCCAUUCUAGCGAAAACACCCUUCGGCCUUCGCUCUUGCCCUUCCUGUCUGCACUUAUCAACGAUAUUGAGUCCCGCAUGCGGAGAGCCAGCCCACUCAAUGCAUCAUCAGCUUCUAUCUCCUCACGAGACCUGACAGCCAAUACUCCAAGUCAACUACGUCCUUCGGGACCCACAGAGCCUUCAUCCAGCAUGCAAAUAACUUUCGCUCUUCGGAUUGACCAAUCGCAAUUGCAAUUGACCUGCCAACCGGAUGUCAAUGUCAUUGCAGGCGUUCACUGGGAUAGUGGUGGUUUUGUGCUCAAUAUCUCUUCAGGGGCUCAUCAGGUGUCUUUGAUGGGCAAUGUAGGUGGCCUGACCAUCGGACUCAAACACGGCUUUUUGAGUGAGGACUGUGUUCGCAUGGAUGCUCGCAAUUUGGGAUUCUCCAUGACCUUUUCCAAAGCGGAUCAAAAAUCGGGUAAGACAGCCAGCACAGUUUCCCUUGUGGUAGAUACGGAGGUCGCAGGGGUAGUUCGAUUCUCUCGCCUUCAGGAUGUCCUGUGUUUCAAGGCUGUAUGGUUGGACCGUAUCCCUGUAUACAGCGGACAGGCGACGGCGACUGCUCAUCCGUCAUUGAAAGUCACCCACUCACAUGGUGCACCAUCCCUGAAACAAGAGUUGAAGACAGCUCUUCUCCUCAGAGUGCGUCGCAUCGACGUCGACGUGGACCUUGGACAAUCCAUCAGCUCCAUCGCUUUGAAGUUGGAAAAUGUCUCCGUUCGCAGUAAGUUGCAGGAGACGUCAUCCGAGCUGUCAUUGGCUGUAGGAGACCUCAGCAUGCUUGCCAAGGGAAAUGUUUCUGGUAAAGCACAUAUACCUGAUUUCUCGUUCCGGACAAUCAGGCGAGCAGAUAUUGGGCGGAUCGAUGUCCCCUCAACUAGCAAGAUGUUGGAGCUAUCCCUGACCACUGGCACGUUGGACCUUGUACUGGAGUCUGAUUACCAGAAGAUACUUCAGGUUUGGGCCGAACCUUUCGAUAUAUCUGUAUUCGAUGAUUGGUCUCAGAUAUCGACAGAAAUCCCUGCAGCGGAUCGACGCCUCCAAUUGUCUUUCGUCGUUUCUGGAAGAGACCUUGUGGUUGCUGCCACCGUGGGAACGAUCCCCAAAUUGGUUUCCUAUGCCGCAAAAUUCAAAGCCAAUUUGCAGGCGCAACGUGAAGGGGCAAUCAAAGAGUCGCGCGCAUACAGCAUCGCCCAAUCUCCUAAACCUGACAAUCCCCUUUCAGCCGUCGCCAACGCCAUGUUGAUGUCUGCACGUACUCGGUUGAAGGACGCAGAAAACAGCCUUUCCUACGCCAUCAUACAACAAAUGGAGUUCCAUCUCAACUCUCUUCGCCUAGCGGGCUUUCCUCGAACCAUGUUCGACGUCGAGAUGGCACAUUUCGUCGUCCGCGACGUCAAUGCGCGUCUGAAACGAGUCGUGGAGACUGAAGACUUGCCGGCCAAGCGAGAGCUUGAAUUAUCCUUUUCUUCCAUCACGACAUCACGAUUCAGUCAGCUCAACCACGCAGUGCUUUCAAACGAGGUUGCCACGGAUCUUAGGGCCUGGCUUGACGCAGUGCUGAAGAAAGUUGCGGAGGCCAUUAUCUUCGAUUUGCCAUCCAUGCACAUCUUUAUGCGGACCGAUGAAGUCGACGAGGAGAGCGCGAAGAUCAUCAUGUACGAUUUCAUCAGCAAGUUCGACCGAAAGAAAGGCCUCAAGGAUCAGGAAGAUAUUUUCAUCACGCUCAACGUCUCGUUAUAUUCUUGGCUCACCCUUCUGCGCAAGAACUUGACGAGGGAGAUGGAUCAGGUGCAGGGCAAUACGGAUUGGAGACCAGGAUUAUCAUCUGCAACUCCUUCGCCUAUGGCGUCGCGCAAAAAAACGACAGAGACUCCACCGGAUUUCCUGCUGAGAGAUGACACGGUCUCUCGCCCAAAUACCCCGCCCUUGACCGUGCGCCCUCUCGUACUUCCCUCUCCUGUGAAGGUCACCACGAAGUCGGUAUCACCUUCAGGAACAAUGAGCAAGAGCGCAUCCCCACUUCCUGUAUCCCAAACAACCAGUCUCACGCCUCAGCCGGGCCUUUCAUCCACCCUGACACCUACUCCAGGGCCAAGUGGCAAACGCUCUGUGAUUGUGUAUAAGGCACGGAAAAGACAGAUCGAGCGACUGAACAUGCGGCAGCUGGGCGAGGCCACUCCGGAUGUGAUGCAUCCGUUCUUCAUGAAAAAAGCUGGGUUCAGCUUGGAGGACUCGCUGCCGCAGUAUGUGCACGAAUAUGCUACGAUGCCGAUCAAUGAGAUUACGCGGGCAUUACUGAGACUCUAUAGCAAGCAGCUCAACGCGCCUGAGUGA